CGCCACCACUCAGUUGAUGUGUGUGGAAGUUUGUUUUCUCUAAUCGACCGGCUAACAGGAACCAAUAAGCCAUGGCGGCCACCAAGUACGAUAGUUUCGAGAAGAUAUGGUCGGGCCCGAAGGACAAGGAGUACUACGGCCCUGAUAUGACGCUUGGUGAAGUGGCCCUCAUCAUCCUGCGUCUCUAUUCGGAUAAGGUGAUGCAGGUGUUCGAUCCCACGGGAGAGGCACUCACGGGUGGACAGUUGUUGGACCAAAGUCGUCGUUUAGCCCACGCCUUUCAACGCCUCAAGUUGCAACGAGGAGAUGUGGUGGGAAUUUCGGCCAAGAACACCACUUACCUAACUGAAGUGGUCAUCGCAGCCCUGCUGAAUGGUACACCCAUUAACCCACUGCAUCCGGACUUUGAUCCUGAAACCACUGCAUAUAUGUAUGAGAUCACCAAGCCCAAGGUGAUCUUCUGUGACCUGGACAAUUUCCAGACCUUGAGUGCGGUCAAAAGCUGCCUCAAGUUCAAAACGGAGAUUAUCCUGCUCACAGGAACUCUGCCUGGAGUGCGUAACGUUCAGGAUCUUCUCGCAGAUGGUUGUACUGGAUACGACGAGAAAACACUCUUUGCCUGUCCGCACUUGAGUGGCGACGAUACGGCCUUCAUCAUCACUUCCUCUGGAGUAACCGGUUUGCCCAAAGGAGUAACCCGUUCGCAUCGCAGUCUCCUGAACAGCGCCAAAAUCCCACAGUUGCUCACCUCGGAAACAGUUCUGUUCUGCAACAGUCCACUCUACUGGGUUAGCUGCAUUUUCACCCUGCUCGCUUCCCUGGUAAAUGGAUGUCGCAGGAUCAUUACCAAUCGACCUUAUAGCGUGGAAUACUUCGCGGCCCUUGUGGAGAGGAACCAGGUGACCUUCGUGCUCACAGUGCCCCAUCACAUGGCUGAGUUGGCCAAGAGUCCCAAGAAACAGGAACUGGCUGAAAGAUUACACUCCGUAAAAUCUUUCGUGUGCAGUGGCUCGAAGGUUCCUGUGGGAAUCUGGAGGCAGUUGUAUGAGUUACUUGGUGCUGAUAGGUUUUCCGUGCUCUAUGGGCUCACAGAGUAUGGAGCCAUCUCCAAAAAUAUUGGAGGACCAUUGGGUAGUGAGGGUAAGCUACUGCGCAAUGUUCAGGUGCGCUUGGUGGACGCGCAUGGUCAGUCCUUGGGUCCCAAUCAAACGGGUCAGAUCCUCGUGAGACUGAAUCUUCGCUGGGGUGGCUACUAUCACAAUCCGCAGGAAACCCAAGUGACCGUGACUCCCGAUGGAAAGUGGUUGCUCACCGGGGAUCAGGGAUACUUUGAUGACGAUGGAUGGUUUCACUAUCAGACUCGUGACAGCGAUGUCUUCAAGUACAACCAAUUUCCGGUUUAUCCCAAGCAAAUCGAGGACGUCAUACUCCAUCUACCGGGAGUUCAUGAAGUGGCUGUCUUCGGAAUUCCCGAUGAGGUGUCCACCAAUCUCACUGCAUGUGCUGUCGUCCGGGAAGACAAUGAGCUGGGCGCCCAACUAACCGAUGCGGAUGUCAAGGAAAUUGUGAAGCAACACCUAAGUGAAGCUUUUCACAUUCGCGGUGGCGUGUUCUUCGUGGACGAUCUCCCGAAGACGACGAACAAGAAGAUUCAGCGCAGGAAAAUCUGGCCUCAAUUGAGCGAGGCUACCACCCAUUUGUAAGGUUAUCUUCGUUGAAAAUAAAUAUCAGCUGUUGAAAAAA